CAAGGCGAUAGCGGGGCCAUGCCAUCUGUCUCUGAAGCUCUUCUUCUUGUUCCGUUAUAAACCGAUUCUCUGUUUUUGUCUCUGUAGUUGACACACACAGUGAUGGCGUAUGGUGAGAUGGUGGAGGGAUCAUACGAAUGUCAACAACUUCACCUCUCUUCCUUUAUCAGAGACGUAAACUACAGCUGUGGUUCGUGCGGUUAUGAGCUGAACUUGAACUCCAGCAACCGCAACACUUCCCUCAUUGAUUCCAAAUACGGAAAGUCCAUAAAGAGAGGUAUAAUCUCAUUCUUCUCCGUGGAUGAGAGUAGGUUUACUCAGAUUCAACAAUUUCAUUGGUCAUCGUGGUCAUGGAUACCCUUUUUCAAUUCCAAGCGCCAAAGAACCAAGCUUCUUUGCCGCAGCUGUGGCAACCACCUUGGCUAUGCUUCCACCUUGCCCUCUCACUCUUGGGAUGGCAUCUCUGAUUCCAGAAUCUAUCAUAUCAAAUUAACCGCUUUGCUACCGUCCUUCCAUGAUGAACCUUCUCCAAUGUCAGAGGAUGUAGAUUUGUACCAGCGUGCUUCUUCCACUUUGGUGUUCUAA